AUGUCAAAAAAAGCAAAUCUUCGACAAACAAAAAUUGUAACAUUAACUGAUUAUCAUAGAAAAGAAAUUGAAGAUAUUAGUCGAGAUAAAGAAUAUAUGAUAAAAGAAUAUAAACAAAAAAAAGAAGAAUUACGAUUGCAAUUAAUUGAAAAAGAACAAUUAUUAAUACAAGUAAAAAACGAUUUAGAAGCUAUGAAUGGAUACCAACUAAUUCAAGAACAACAAAAUAACGAAAUCAAGCGUUUACAAUAUGAAAUAACACGAGUACGUGGUCAACACGUUAAUGAAAUCUCUCGUAUGAAAUUAACUUAUGAAAAAGACCUUCAAGAACAACGUGCCAAUGAAAAUGCUCAAGUUGAAGAAAUUCGACGACAAGCUAAUAAGGAAGCUGAACAAUUUCUUUAUGAUCAAACAGUAAGUAUUCAAAAUGAAAAUGUUGAAUUAAGAAAAGCAUUACAAGAUAUGCUUAAGCGAACACAAGUAUUAAAUGAUUUAAAACAACGUUUAGAAGAAGAACAAUUACAUUUAAUAAAUCGAAUUAAAUUAACUGCUGAUCUUAGAAAAAUACGUUUGGAUAAAGUAUCAACCAAUAUACCCGAGGAAUCGUCUUAA